AUGGUCAGUAUGAACAUAUUUGUCUCCAACAAUAUAAUAUUACAGUUAAUAUUAGUUUGUUAAAAGCAAUAUUGUAAACUCGCGCGUAUAAUCGGAGUAUCUACCUACUCUUCACUCUCGUUACACGCGAGCACGACGUAUUAUAGAUAGUUCGAGGGAACAUUAGAGGGAAUCUGUCUGUUAAUAAUAAUAAUUUCGAGUCUUAUUCAAAAUACGUUAAUCGGUCGUAACAAAACUGGGGCGUUUUACCUACCAAACCGACAUAGACGUACUGCGUGUUGCGUAUAACCCCCCCCCCCUUCCCGCCCUCCCUAAAUGAAACGUUUUCGACCAAACCUAAGCCAAUCGAUUACGUUCGCCAGCGUUUAAACGGUCCGUCUUGUAAAUGAACACUUCGAAUUGGAUAGAAAAAAAAAAAAAAUUAUAAUAAUGAAAUGAAAUAAAAGUCGGGUUUUGUAUUGAUCGAUAACGCGCCGUCGGCGACGAAGUGUCAUGGCGGACGCGCAAAUGCGCCGGCGCUGCUCGAACGAAAAUACUCUCCGGAUUGAUCGUUUCGUAUCUAUGGGAGACAGGAACUCGUAUCCGUAUUAGCGAAUUCGAUGAUUUCAGCGUGUAAAUAUGGGAAGAGAAAAAAUGUCCGAACGCCAGUGCGUGAAACCCACUCCGUUCCGUACGGUUAACUACGGCAAUUCGUUUAUUGCGCCGGUUUCGUCGUCGUUAUUAAUUGUCGGUUACGAUGUACCCGCGGGCUACGCCCUUUGAAUACAAACGGCGGUCAAACGUACGCGUGUCGGAUUAAUAAUAAUAACACAAUUGAUAAUAUUUAAAUAGCGACCGGCGCUAAAAAAAAAAAAAAAAAAUGGUAAUAAUUCGAAACGGCCGCACGCACGCGUUCAAUUUAAGAACAACCGGACGGUCAUUGUUAACGUUCGGAUGAAAUUAUUUUCUAUUUGUAGCGUUUAGUUGGCGUGUGAAUUUUAUUGUAUUACGAACAUCGUUUUCCCGUCGACCCGGUAAAACGGGAGCGUUUUUUUUUGUCAUUACUCGUUUUUCAAUAUUUUUUCUGGAAAUAAUCGAUCGCGGGUCGUAAUUAGGCCCGUAGCCGCUCCUCUCCCCCACCACCCCCCGCCUCCCGUCUACGCCCGUCGUACGCGGGUCCGGCGAAAUUCGAACGCGACUCUCGAUUUCCGUAAAUCGUUUAUACGUUUCGCGCGUCAUUACAAUUGGUAAUUUUUGCAAAACGAAAUAAUCCGUGACUACCGUCACUCCGGGACGAGCCGUUUAACCGCGGGGGACAAACCGCAGGGGUGUUUCCGAAACGCGCGACAAUAUCAUCGAAAAACGUCCGGCCGUUUUCUUAAACACCGCGGUAAUUCAUUGGCCAAUUAGUAUAAUUCUAGGGGGGGGUGAGGGCUAAUUUCUCUGCGCUACGCUUAGACCCUCUCCCUCUCCCCGCAAUUGCCGCCGAUGCAUUAAGCGCUAACCGGUGGGAGGGGGGAAGAAGCUCAUUCCACCGAUGGGUGUGCCCGCUGAUGUGGGGGCGGCCCAGUCGGGGAACGCGGGAUACGCAAAGUCGUAUGGAGUUUAUGUGCGCGCGCAAUGUCGUCUGAUCGUCGCCGGCGAAACGCGACUCCGAGCCGAGUUCGGACGAACGCGUUUCGAAAUGCCGCGGUUUCCGCGGUUUUCACGGGGAUUUUACGGGCGUAUUGACCUUCUGCAAUCCGCUCCGGUCAAUACGCAGAUUCCGUCGGGCGCGCCGGCGCCGCCCGAUUUGGUCUUCUCUGUACCGCCGCAACACGUACACGGCCUCCCGAAUCACCUCCCCUCCGUGGGCCGUCCGUAUGCCGCCCUCUCAACCGACCGCCCCCCGAAUCGAUUUUAUCGCGCGGCGCCGAUCCGCGAUUCGAAAAUGUCCGAACACCCUUUUGCGCACCAUAUACAUGUAUACAGGGUGUCCUACAUACAGUGUUAUCCGAACGCUGGUAACUCGAUAUUCAUUUUUUUUUUUUUCCAAUCGGAUUUUCCAAAAACAAAUUCGCUAUUGAUUUUCAUCCCUUGAUCACCGAACGAGAAAUAUGUUUUCGUUUAUUAAAAUUAUCAAAAUAGCCGUUUUGUAAAAAUGCACGUUGCACGAAGUAACUAAUGCAAGUCGCGUUUCACAUAUUGACCGUGAUACACCCGAUGACGAAUUUUCAACUCGUAACCGAUCGUAUAAUGUGCACUUAUCAUAAUGCUCCGGGCGGCGCAUAUUGAUUUUGACUUUAUUAUUUUAUUAUUGUACACCAUAUAGUCUGGAUAUUCGAAUGUAUCGUGCACAUUCGUAUCCGACCAAUAGUCGACUGUUAUUCUCAGUAAUAGCCGUUUCAAUUUCAACAUUUCUUGUUUCGUAUUACGACUUAUGAUUCGCUGUCGCGCAGUUGUCUCAUUUUUCACACCGUUCUUCAGAUGUUAUUACGGCCAUUGCUACGAAACUAUUGGUCGGAUAUGAACGGACGACGUGUUAAAACGUUUAGAACAAUAGGUAAAAUAUUUUACAAAUUGGCCGUUUUGAACAUUUUAAAAAGUUAUUCAUUUUUCUCCGGUGAUUAGGAAAUGAAAAUAAAAAAAUCGAUUUUUCCCUAUGUUUGUAUACUCCCCUGAUACAAAAGUCGAUUGAAAAAAAAAAUGAAUAUUAACCGAGUUAUUAGCAUUCGGAUACCACUGUAGGACACCCUGUAUUUUCCAAUGUAUGUGAACAAGUCUCUUUUCGUCCCAUAGAUAUUUGAUCGAAAAUUUAGACGAAUAAUCGUGGUCAAUGUCAGAUACAAUGAUUUAUUUUUUAAUUGCAAUUCAUACAAUUUUCAAUUUAGGUUUAUCAAUCAAAAUAUGUUUUGGUAAACUUCGCACCGAAUAGCUUUUCGUUAGCAAUAAUGAUUUAUCGCUGCGUACGGAAAUAAUUUAAACAAACAUGUACCUUUCCAACUUUCCACCUAUAAAGAGUGGCAUGCACGUCAGCAGUGGCCAAACCAGGGGGGGUGUUUUGGUUGUCCGAACACCCCCCUACAUCAGUGUUGAAGUAAUACAAUAUGUGUUUAUUUAAUGUAGACAUAUGACACCACCAUUAAAAAAAUCCUGGUAUUACCUACCUACUUUUUUUCUUUUACUUUUUAAAUGUACCUAUGCUUCUUGAGUUACGUCGUCACUGUAGCAAACAAACCAUAUUAUGGGUAAUAAUACAUUCUUAUCAAAUGGUAAUAUAGAGUGGUAUUGAAUAUUUAACGUAGUUUAUUAUAGAUAUUUUUAAAAUAUUACAUUUUAAUGGUUUUUUUUAAAAUUUGAAUUGCAUUUAUAUUGGACUGGACAUUUAAAAUUUAGGGCGUAAUAAUAAAGGCUUAAAAGUAAAUCAUGAUCUUCAAGAUUUCCUUUACAAAAUUUUUCAGAAACGCACUUCAUAUUUAUUUUUUUUCUCUUUUUUUUUUAGGUUUACAGUUUGAAGUGUUUUCCUCCCGGUACGGAUCACAAAAUGAUUGUUUCAUCUCCAUUAUUGCCUUAUCCGAAAAUAAUAAAGAAAACGCCCGAAAGGGAUUACUUGUCAAGAAUGGUUCCGCCGACGUAUGAAUUUCACAAGAGGGCUAAAUACGAUCUCGAAAAUACUUUCCAUAUGUUGGUGAUGGAGGCUGACAUUCGGACUGGGGUCGCGCAUAAAAAUGCUUGCUCCCGUCUUGGGGCCGUGUGUUAUCAGUUGGGACAUGUGCUUUACGAGAUAGAGAACGGUCUUGGAGUGUCCGUAUUGGCGUUCGAAAAAGCUCUCGAAGCAAUCGAAGAUCAUGUAAUCGAUCCGGACAACGUGCUGACCGCUAUAAACUCCCUGAACAUGUUGGCCUUUCUGGAAGCAAAUCACAAUAAAAACACGGAGAGGGCAUUAGAGUUCCUCGACAGAGCAGACUCCAUAUACAAAACUUAUCGCGACAAGGAACCGAAAAUGCCAGAUCCAACAGGUGUUGACGUGCUGUUGGAGGACUGCACUGAAGAUAAUCGCACGUGGGAGGAGCGGAGUUACAAAAGAAAUCCCAUGGUAAACGCCAGGUUGUACACUCUGUUCUAUUACAUUGAGAUUUACAGGAUUUUGAAGUUGACCGAAGAAGAAAUAUUCUAUUCGCACGCUGCUCUUAAGCACCAGAUUGAUAACGAUAUUUAUAUGCAAUGCCCUCUGGAUUGGGUACAGACUUGUAUUCAAAUGUCAGAGUGGUUACUUAACGCGAACGCCUUUCAGCAGGCUAAACAUCAUAUGGAAGCAGCAUCUAUGUUCCUAGAGGAAGUUAUUCCGAAAAAUCUCAGCUACUAUAAUGGGUACGUACCACAUAGUAUGUAGGUACAUGUGUUUAAUACUUUAAUUAUUAUUGACAUUAUAAUAUUAUUAAGUAUAAAUUAUUAUGAAUUCUGGAAUAAAAAUUCUUGAUACUAUAACAAAAAAAAAAAAAAUAAAAUACUCAAUACAUAUGUUAUUGACAGUCAUUGGAAAACCAUGAUGGGUUCUGAUAAAGCGAAGUGGGAGGAUGGUAAAAUCUAACUUACUUCAGUCAAAUAUAGUUUUAUAAAAAUAAAAAAUUGUUGGAAGAUUUAGAUAUCUGUUAUAAUAUAUUGUAUUUGUUUUUUUUUUUUCAACUAUGGUCAAAUUUAAAUUUAAAUUUAUUAAUGGUAGAUAUAUGAUAAGCUUACGAAGUACCUGUAUACUAAAAUACACAAAAUCAAACGAAACUUAAAUGCAUUUUUAAUAUAUAUUGUUGGGUGGUAUUUAAGUAGAUACAUCGUACUUAAGUACCAAUAUAUAUUAAAGGUACAUUUUAAUGCUUACAUGUUUAUUUAAAGAAAUUAGUUUGAAUACCUAUUAUUUCUGUCCUUAUCUCAAAAGUUAACAAUUGGACAGUUAUUGUAAAACAGUACCUAUCUAAUUUAAAUUUUAUAUUUAAGUACCUAGGUAAUAAAAUAAAAUCAAAUUGACUGUGUGUUGAAGUAAGAAUAUUUAAAAAAUAUCUUGAGUAUCGAAAGUAAAUACCUACUUACCAUUUGUGGGACACAGUCAAACAUUGUACAUAACCAUACAAACAUUUCAGUUCACAAGAACUCAAGCAAUAUUUGGCAGAUGUUUCAUAUAGUUGGUCUAGAUACGGAAUGCGAUUGUUGAAGAAGUCUAAGACCAGGUUGAUGAAGAAGAAAACGCAUAGAUUACCUCCUAGUAUGUUAUUUUAUGUUGAAAUAGUAUCAUGAAAUAGUAUGAUAGUAGUUAUAUUUACAUCAAAAUAAUGGUCUGUAUUUUUUUUCAGGUAGUUUCAAUGAUUUGUUAUUCGAUAAAUUUGAAGAAAAACUUGGUGGGCAAGAUACUCCGGUAUACGUGGAUAAUUUUAAGGAUGCUGAAGAAUUGACCAAAAACAUAAUUAAAUGGAUUAAUGAAACAAAACUGUUUUAUACAUUUGAUAUGUCAAAUAACUUUUAUGGCUAUUUAAGUAUCGAUAAAUGCCAGGCAUACAAAAACUUGGCGUUCUUUCAAGAUAAUUCACUCGAGUAAGUCCCUUCAACUUAAUGGUAAAUUCAGUGUAAAUGGUUUGCAUUACAAUUUUUAUGUUUUCACAGAACGGAAAAAUUGUUAAAAAUUGGAGUCGUAGAUAUGGAAAUUUUAGUUGUCAAACUUGAUGACUUAAGCCUGCGUAGACAAAUGUGGUACGAAUUAAGCAAUAUGUACCGUUUCAUGAUGGAAAUUCAGUAUGAACAAUACGUUUUGAUAAAAAAGGAAGUUCCGAAAACUGGUGCCAAGUUAAUUAAUAAAUACUCUAAUACUUCCAUAUCAUACUAUCUGAAAUUUAUUGAAUCGUUUACAACGUAUGUUAAAUAUUAUAUUGUUAUUACUUAUUAUAAUAUUACCUACUAUUAGAAUUGUAUGUUCACUUAUAUUUUUUUUUAUUAUGAUUUUAAUUAUGUUAAUAGGACUAUAGGACCAAGUGAAGUACAAAAGAAAGCGAUUUUGUUGUCUAAUUUGUAUUUGGCAAAAUGCUAUGAUAAACAAAUUGUCUACUUAAAACAAGUCAAGAUUAGGAAUUUAUUGGAGGGUGAAAAAUAUUAUAAGGUACCUACCUAUUUAUCUAUCAAUAGAAUUAUAUACUAUUUACAUAUUGUUGUUAUUAUUUUUGUACAAUAAUUAGGGUUAGAUCAAUACUGGUAAGAAAUUAAUAAAUAACAAAUUUUAAAUUUAAGAAAUCCAAUGAUAAUAUAUGAGAAAAUUAAAACAUUAAUUUGAUUUUAGUUUAUAAAAAUCUAUCGAGGUUGUUUUUAUUAUAAUUAAGGGUGUAUUUUAAAGCUUUUCAUUGAGUGCAAUAUUUGGUUACUAGGUAGUAUUCUCCUGCUAAUAAUUAUAAUCCAAUGUAUUUUAUUUGCACAACAAUUUUAAUAAAAACACAUUCAACUUACUCCCACUCUUUAAUUUUUUAUGAGAACACAUUAUUGUAUUAUGCUCACGAGUCACAAUAAUCUAUUGCAACUGCAAUCUUAUCUCAACUUCAAUAAUAUUGUUAUAAACUUAUAUAUUAUAAUAAUGUCAUAGUUUCAUAAUAUGUAGGUAUCUAUUAUUUUCUUACUUAUUUAUGUGCAUUCGAUCAGUUACUGAAAGAUAUUUUUCUGACAUUUGACCAAAAAGUUACUUAUAUUUUAUACUAAUCAUAAAUGUUUCUGAAAAAUAAUGAUUAUUCCUGGUUUCCUACUAUUACCUAUUGGCUUUUAUUACUCAUAAUAUAACUUAUAAUAACUAAAUUAUAAAGUUCUUCGUACCUUUGGUUUAAAAUCUUAAGCUGAUAGAAGGAUAUAGAGCAAUUUGGUGUUUUGUUGAAAAUAAUCAACUCUUACAUUGAUGAUUCUGUGUUAUUCAGUAAUGUCAAUUUUCUUGUCCCCUCAAAACUUUCAGCAGUUCCAUUAUUUUUCCAUCCAUAUUUGUCCUACUCGUUAUUCAGAAUAUAAUCCUUUGCAUAGGAUCAUGCAACUAGCCAAAGAGAAUCCUUCAUUCCUUAUUUGAUUUUUUUUUAUUACAAUUUUAUUUACUGUUGUGUGUUACUAUAUUUAUUUUUAAUCAAUUGAUUUGUCAAUGUAUUGAAUCUAAAUUGGGUCAAUCUUGUAUAUUUGCAGUGAAUAAAUAUCAUUAGGUAUAAUUUAAUUACCUAUUAUAAUUUAAUGGAAAUUAAUUACUUGCCUGUUUUUUUUUUUUUUUUUAUAGAGAAUUAUAAAUUACUGUGAGUCUGAUUAUGCACUAGCAGCAAUGAUUCCUUACGAGUUGUCAUACGCCAGAAAUAUGUUGAAGUUACUUCCAACAAAGAUUAAAAAUCUAUCUAAGUUAUCAAAAACAUCUAAGUGUUACGUUUAA